AUGGAGAACGAGAAGGGAGAGAUCGUCGAUCUCUACGUGCCCCGCAAGUGCAGCGCCACCAACCGCAUCAUCAAGGCCAACGACCACGCCUCCGUCCAGAUCUCUGUCGGCAAGGUUGACGAGAACGGCCGCUACACCGGCGAGAACCACACCUACGCCAUGUGCGGUUUCAUCCGUGCCCGCGGUGAGAGCGACGACUCCCUCAACCGCCUGGCCCAGCGUGACGGUUACCUCAAGAACGUGUGGACCGCCUCCCGCCAGCGCUAA